UUUCCUUCAGACAACCAGCAUGACGGCGACGCUGCCUUCCCACAAGGAAGGGUAGGGUUAGAAAAUAUCGACCCUAAAAACGCACACCUCGCCUUAUCCCACAGAUAUCCGUCCCCGGCGGCAAGGUCUCAACAAGUACGAAGCUAACACGAAAACCUCUCACAAAAUGGUCGUGUGUGAUCGACCUCAAGCAGUUGUCCCUUGGGCACUGAGUUCACUCACUCAGGUCACUAAGACCACCUCUAACACAGUUUUCUUUUCAGGCACCUCCAGAAGAACCCUUCCACAGUGUGGGCAACCGGGAAGUGAUAACCGCCCUCAUACCUCUAACAGCACUCAAGACCACUGUAUUCAUGAUCAUUUUCCAUCUUCAAUUCCUAUUAUUCCUCCUUCGUCGACUUUCACCUUUAAACUUCCUUUUUCAACUUCUCCCUCAGGUGUCACCACAGCCAACGAUUCUAGUGCUCAAAACACUGUCCCAGGUCUACUGAAACCUCUCCCACAAACUACACAUUAGAGCAGUACUAAUAUCAUAGUAGACCAUAGUUCUACAUUGGUAAGCCCGACUAAAGAAACGCAACCUAUUACAAAUAAUCCUUAUUACCACUUUAACUUUCUCGAUCGAUUUUA